AUGGAAAAAUAUAUACUCCAGUCCCACUCUCCUCUAGUCUUUGAUCAGAUUUCAGCUCUGUGCAGAAGCGGAAGCAGGGAGCUCGGCUUUCCGUCGGCAUCCACACACACUUGCUGCAGAUCGCGAAUCUGUGCGGGAUUCCCUAACGCCAAAGCGCUUUUCGCGGAGAAGAUCGUGGCCCAGGCAAGAAUCAGUCGGGGGUGUGACGGGUAUCCGUAUAUCUCAGGCCGACAGACUGUCCAGAUUAACAUUUACCCAGUUAAAAUGAGAGAGAUAUGGCCCAGCGUAGUUUAUUUAGCACAGUUGAUAAGCAUUGUUGCUUGCAACGCACCGACGGUGCCGUUAGAUGACAUCGUGAUAGAAAAGACUUUCAUCCCGGAGCACUGCAACAGAGCUGUGAAAGCUGGGGACUUCGUCAGGUACCAUUACAUCGGCAUGUUUCCCGACGGGAGAAAGUUUGACUCCAGCUAUGACAAAGCCUCAACCUACAAUGUGUUUGUGGGCAGAAGGCAGUUGAUUGAGGGCAUGGACAAGGCUCUUCUGGACAUGUGUGUGAAUGAGAGGCGUCUGGUCAGGAUUCCACCACAGUUGGCCUACGGAAAGGAUGGAUAUGGUGACAUCAUCCCACCUGACUCUGUGCUGCAUUUCGAUGUACUUCUGCUGGAUAUCUGGAAUCCGCAGGACCAGGUCGAGGUGAAGACCUACUACAAGCCCGAGACGUGUACCCGGACUGUAGAUGUGUCCGACUUUGUGCGGUACCACUACAAUGGCACACUGCUGGACGGCACACUCUUCGACUCUAGUCACACCCGUCUGCGUACGUAUGAUACCUACGUGGGCAUUGGUUGGCUCAUUGCCGGCAUGGACAAGGGACUGCUGGGGAUGUGUGUGGGUGAGAAGCGCGUGAUCACCAUGCCUCCUUCCCUGGGCUACGGCGAAAAUGGAGAUGGCAGUGACAUCCCAGGCCAGGCCUCACUGGUCUUCGAUGUUGUUCUCCUGGACCUUCAUAACCCGAAGGAUGGCAUCAUGGUGCAGCCCCAAGUGGUACCUGAGAUAUGCCCUCGCAAGAGUCAAGAGGGCGACUACAUGAGGUACCACUACAAUGGCACCCUGUUGGAUGGUACCUUCUUUGACUCCAGCUACUCCCGGAACAGCACCUAUAAUACAUACAUUGGGAAAGGCUACGUGAUCGCAGGCAUGGAUGAGGGCCUGCUGGGUGUUUGCAUUGGGGAGAGGAGGAGAAUUACCAUCCCACCACAUCUGGCCUAUGGCGAAGAGGGAACAGGCACCAGUAUUCCUGGUUCAGCAGUGCUGGUGUUUGACGUCCUUGUGGUGGACUUCCACAACCCCUCAGAUACAGUGCAGAUCACUACCAGUUUCAGGCCCGACGUCUGUGAUACACGUAGUAAGAAGGGCGACUUUGUCAAGUACCACUACAAUGCCAGCCUGAUGGAUGGCACCUUCAUCGACUCCACGUAUCGCUAUGAGAAGACUUACAACAUAGUCCUGGGUGCAGGGCAAGUAGUUCUGGGGAUGGAGAUGGGCCUGCAGGACAUGUGUGUGGGUGAGAAGCGCACACUGGUCAUCCCACCUCAUCUGGCCUAUGGCGAGAGGGGAGUCGAUGGGGAGGUCCCAAGCAGCGCUGUGCUGGCGUUCGACAUCGAGCUGAUCGACAUGGAAGAGGGGCUUCCCGAGGGUUACAUGUUUGUGUGGAAGGAGAACAUCUCCCCCAGUCUUUUUGAAGACAUGGAUAAGAAUAAGGAUGCUAGAGUGGAACCCACAGAGUUCUCGGACUACAUCCUGCAGCAGGUAAAUGAGGGUAAAGGUCGCCUUGCUCCCGGCUUCGACCCACACAGGAUAAUCGAGAACAUGUUCACCAACCAGGAUCGCAAUGGUGAUGGCAAAAUUACAGAGAAUGAGUUCAAACUGAAGGCAGAUGAGUUACAAGAGCAUGAUGAACUUUAGGCCGCGACCAGGGUCCUGAAGCCACCAUUUUUACAAGCCACAGCCAUGCUGAGUAAAUUUUCCAUCCUUCCGGGAUGCACAGGUAACACAGGAGGCUGAACGGACAGUACAAAGAAUGUUUUCCGUGUCAGUCAAUUUUUUUUUUACUUUCUUUUGUCUCCCCCCAAUGUUUUACGAGGUAUUUUAUCUGCAUUGAAUCAACAGUACACACAGGUUACUCAUACCUAGCUGGUCUAAACAAAAGAAGAUCUAUCAAGUUUUACGUAUGUAAAUAGGAUCUUUUUGUAUUUUUCUGUUGAGGUUGAUAUUUUUGUGGAUACCUUGCUGAACUAUGAACUACGCAUAACAUUCUGGAACAUUCAAAGGCACAUUACCAUGGUUAGUGGCCCCUGAGCUUUUUCAAAUUAUCAUAGCAGCCCCCCAGACUUUAGCCCGGGUGAGGCCGUGCCUUAAAGCACCCCCAGGAAUAUUUCAAGAUUAGUGUCUUGGCUGACAAUCUGACAUGCAAAGCCAGUUUGAAUAGUUUGUUUAAAAAAUAUUGACUAGACAAUUACCUAGGGGCUACUUCAGGCGAUUCUUUGAAGUUGUUAAUUUGCAAGUGCGAUUAGAAGUGUGUGUGUGUGUUAAUUUUGGUGGUGGGGGGUUGCCUUCCUGGCUUUAAAGUUUAAUUCUUUUAUACAUUCUUUGUCCUUACCAUCUUUGGAAGUUUAAAUUUCAGAAGGACAAAAAGAAAUCAAAAUUGACAUUUUGUUUUCCGGAGAUGAUUUCCUUAUUGAAUUUCUCAUGCACGAGGAGGUCCCCCAGACAGUCACCUGCUUUGUAAACAUGGGGAGUGGGGUCUAAUGCAACCCCUGUCACUCAUUUCUCUCCUAACUCGCGUCACUAAAUCAGUUUUCAUUCCUCGAGCUCUAAAAAGUUGUUUCCAGUGCCAAUAUGACGUUUGUGAUUCUUAUAAAAACUGAAUUACAGGAAAUAUUUCUGUAUUUGUAUAAACAGGAAAAAUUAGGAACCGUCUGCUGACUCCUGGAUCAGCGUAAGCUCCAAGGCCAGACACUCUUGUUUUCUGCCCUCUGCGCACACUGCAGAUUCCUGCGAGGUUAGCUCGACCGUUACGGCGAAAUAGCCAAGCCACUUAUUUGUAUAGUGCAUUUAAGAACUGCAGGGGUUGGACCCAAGGUCCUUUCCAGUUGAUGGACAAAUGGAUUAACAAGUAUUACAUAGAUAGUAAUAUAUAAGAACAACAUGAAAAUAUGCAUACAAAAAAAUAAGAAUU